ACCCAACCAUCCCCUCCCCCAAAUCAUGGUUUCUUCCUUUAUGCUGUCCACCCAGUCUCUUUUAGUGGUCUUCUUCUUCUUCUCAAUCUUCUUGGUUGGCACUGCUUCAUUUCAUGGUGCAGGCGUUUCUGUUUCCUCCACUCCUUUUUCCACUGUCCCCGCGACCGAGAAUAAGGAUGAAGCUGAGGCUCUCCUGAAUUGGAAAUCUACUCUUGACAACCAAAGCCAGUCUCUCCUCACUUCAUGGCACGGCGACAAUCCUUGCGGCUUUACCGGUGUCGCUUGCGACGACUAUGGAGCCAUCGCCCAUCUAAAUCUUUCCUAUCUCGGUUUGAGAGGAACUCUAGACGGCCUCGACUUCUCGCCCUUAACCGGUGUGGUUAGCUUUGAACUUGCCAACAACUCGAUCUAUGGCUCCAUUCCCUCAAGUAUCGGUAACCUUUCCAAACUCAACUCUCUUGAUCUUUGCUUCAAUGAACUGUCCGGGGACAUUCCUCCAAGUUUAGGUAUGCUAGAGAGUCUUCAUUAUUUGCACCUAUGUGCGAACAACCUAAGUGGACACAUUCCUCGGGAGAUUGGACGGUUGGAUUCUCUUUUGGAACUUCAGUUAUCCGAAAACAAGUUCACCGGUCCUAUCCCUGCUUCACUAGGGAACUUGAGCAACCUGAUUCAUCUUUAUCUAUGGAAAAAUCAACUUUCAGGGCCCAUUCCUGCUUCUCUUGGAAAAUUAGGCAAUUUAACCGAAUUAAGCAUUUCGCGCAAUAAUAUUUCCGGUUCCAUUCCGAGAGAGAUAAGUGACUUGAGGAAUUUGAAAAUUCUUUACAUGGGGCAAAAUGGACUUUCGGGACCCAUACCUUCAGAAAUCGGGAGGCUCACUUCUCUUACAGAAUUAGAAUUUUCGGAUAAUAAUUUGACCGGUCCUAUCCCUGCUUCACUAGGGAACUUGAGCAGCCUGAUUCAUCUUUAUCUAUGGAAAAAUCAACUUUCAGGGCCCAUUCCUAGUUCUCUUGGAAAAUUAGGCAAUUUAAUGGAAUUCGACCUCUCGCGAAAUAACUUUUCUGGUUCCAUUCCGAGAGAGAUAAGUGAUUUGAGGAAUUUGAAGUUUCUUUUUUUAUGGCAAAAUGAACUUUCGGGAGCCAUAUCUUCAGAAAUCGGGAGGCUCACUUCUCUUAUUGAGCUUGACAUAUCAAUAAACAAACUCACUGGCUCAAUUCCUCGUUCCAUCGGAAACUUGACGAGUUUAUCUAGUCUUUGCCUCUUCCAAAAUGGACUUUCGGGACCUAUACCUUCAGAAAUCGGGAGGCUCACUUCUCUUACAGAAUUAGAAUUUGCGGAUAAUAAUUUGACAGGUCCUAUCCCUUCUUCACUAGGGAACUUGAGCAGCCUGAUUCAUCUUUAUCUAUGGAAAAACCAACUUUCCGGGCCCAUUCCUAGUUCUCUUGGAAAAUUAGGCAAUUUAAUGGAAUUCGGCCUCUCGCGAAAUAACUUUUCUGGUUCCAUUCCGAGAGAGAUAAGUGAUUUGAGGAAUUUGAAGUCUCUUUUUUUAUGGCAAAAUGAACUUUCGGGACCCAUACCUUCAGAAAUCGGGAGGCUCACUUCUCUUAUUGAUCUUGACCUAUCAUCCAACAGUCUCAAUGGCUCAAUUCCUCGUUCCAUCGGAAACUUGACGAGUUUAUCUAGUCUUUACCUCUUCCAAAAUGGACUUUCGGGACCCAUACCUUCAGAAAUCGGGAGCCUCACUUCUCUGAUUACACUUGACUUAUCCGAAAACAAACUCAGCAGCUCAACUCCUCGUUCCAUCGGAAACUUGACAAGUUUAUCUAGUCUUUACCUCUCUCAAAAUGGACUUUCAGGACCGAUACCUUCAGAAAUCGGGAGGCUCACUUCUCUUAAAUAUUUAUCUUUUUGGGAUAAUAAUUUGACCGGUCCAAUCCCUGCAUCAAUUGGAAGCCUGGCCAAUCUAACUCUACUGGACCUUGCCGACAAUAAAUUCUUUGGUUCAUUGCCUUCUGAAUUCAAUAAGUUAACACGGUUGACUUCUUUGCUGCUAUUUAAUAAUGAACUAGAGGGGGAACUGCCAGAAGAUGUAUGUCUUGGGAGAUCAUUGCAAUAUUUCAUCGUCAACAAUAAUCAUUUCACGGGUCCCAUCCCCACGAGCCUAGAGAACUGUAGCACAUUAAUCAGAUUGAGGCUUGACGGAAACCAACUUACUGGAAACAUAGCAGAUGCUUUUGGAAUAUAUCCGCAUCUAUAUUUUAUGGACUUGAGCCACAAUCAUUUGAGAGGCGAACUUUCGUGGAAAUGGGAGCAUUGUCGUAAUUUGACGAGCUUAAGGAUAUCAAACAACGACCUCUCUGGUGAGAUACCCGCAAUAUUUGGAAGGAUGGCUCAAUUACAGUUACUGGACCUUUCUUCAAAUAAUUUAAGUGGAGAGAUUCCGAGGGAAAUGGGAAGCCUGUCCAUGUUGUUCGAGCUCGACCUAAGCAGCAAUGCGAUCAUGGGAAAUGUCCCGACUGAGAUUGGACUUUUAUCCCAUCUGGCGCAUCUAAACUUAGCAUCAAACAAUUUGAGCGGAUCGAUACCGGUGCAGCUAGGCUCAUGCAAAAGCUUGUUGACCUUGAACUUGAGCAGGAACAAAUUUUGGAGAAGCAUUCCUCCAGAGAUAGGCAACACACAAGUCCUCGAGGUUCUUGAUUUGAGUUAUAACAUUUUGUCAGAAAAUAUACCAGGAGAGCUUGCAAUACUGAGAAACUUGCAAGUUCUAAAUAUCUCCCACAAUCGCCUGUCCGGUUCCAUCCCACAUACUUUUGGUGAUAUGUUGGCCUUGACUUCUAUUGAUGUAUCCUACAAUGACCUGGAAGGUCCUCUCCCUAAUGUCAAGGCUUUCAAUGAGGCUCCAUUUGAGGCAAUUCAGCAUAACAAAGGGCUUUGUGGAAAUGUUGUUGGUUUACCGAACUGCAAUUCUACCGGGAACAUGAAACGUAAUAAGCAUGCUGGAGCUAGAAUCAAGGUUAUCCUCAUUAUCUCGUUCUUGGGGUUUCUCUUUCUCUCUUGCACCUUGAUUGUUCUUGUAAUCGUCAAUCAUCGUCAAAGAAGGAUUAUGAAGAGAGAGAACAAUGAGCGGGCAAAUGAUUUGGAUUUCAUGAGUAUUUUGAGUUAUGAUGGAAAAGUUUUCUAUGAUCGAAUCGUUGAGGCCACGGAAGGAUUUGACUCCAAGUACUACGUGGGUAAAGGAUCAUAUGGAAUUGUUUAUAAAGUUGAGAUAUCAGAAGGUCAAACGUUUGCUAUCAAGCAAACCUCGUCAUCCCAGGAAGAUAGUGAGAUCAUUGAUUUGAUACCAUUUGAAAGGGAAAUUCAAGCCUUAACAAAUAUACGUCACCGUAACAUCGUGAAAUUUUAUGGCUUCUGCUCUCAUGCCCAACGCUGUUUUUUGGUGUAUGAGUACAUGGAAAGAGGAAGCUUGAGGACAGUUUUGAACGAUGAUGAAAGAGCCAGAGAAUUUCAAUGGGACAAGAGGAUAAAUGUGGUCCGAGGAGUUGCGGAUGCGUUGUCCUAUAUGCAUCACGAAUGUUCACCUCCGUUGUUACAUCGAGACUUGACCAGUAACAACAUUCUAUUGGAUCUCGAUUAUGAGGCUUAUGUUUCUGAUUUUGGCACUGCAAGAUUGUUGAGGCCGGAUUCAUCAAACUGGACUACUAUUGCUGGCACCAUCGGCUAUAUUGCUCCAGAGUUGGCUUACUCUACGGUUCCUACCGAAAAGUGUGAUGUAUAUAGUUUUGGAGUCGUUGCAUUAGAGACAAUCGUGGGAAAGCAUCCAGGAGAUCAUGUCUCACGGGAAUGUUCAUUGUCCGCUCAAACUAAGUCGAUGAUGUUGAAGGAUGUGUUGGAUCAACGUCUCUCGCCUUCUAAACUUGGCCUUCGAGAUGAGCAGGACGUGGUCUUGAUCGCCAAGCUAGCGUUCGAGUGCUUGCAAGCCGAUCCGAGGCUUCGACCGACCAUGCGACAAGUCUCACGUGAGCUUUGCUUUCCAGUACCCCUGGAUAUGCCACUCUCUGCAGUCAGUUUAGAGCAACUUCGCAAUCUUAAUGUCAAAAAAUUUGGAGCAUUUUAGGAGAUGGUAAGAUUUGAAGUUUUCAUGUGCUAUUGUGUUUGGUUUUCAAUUAUGGUGACGAUCGCCUUUUGAAUAUCUUUGUAGUUCUCACCAAUCUCAACCAUGUGAUUUUUUAUUUUCACUGACGACAUAGCUUCUCCAUGAACGCUACAGAAAUAGUGCGAUGUUUAUAGUUUCAAAUCGUGUCACCAGAAAUAAUUAUGGGAAGACUUCUGGGAAGAUCCCA